AGCUAUCCUAACCACUCCCGAGACAGUGAUUCGCAUUCUGAAAAUUUUUGCGCGUUCCGAAACCCAUAAAAAAAAAAGUGUUGCAACCUUUUAGCUGCCGACUGUACAUACAUACAUACUUAAAAAUGAAAUAGAUGUAUAUGUAUAUUUGUGAAAUUUGGUGAAAACGAGAAAGACAAUUUUAAUGCAGUCCAGUGCAGCAACAAAGAAAGAAAGAAGAAGAGAAAAAAGAAGAAGAUAGAUAAAUACAUACACAUACAUACAUACACAUACAUGCCUAUUCUCUUAUUCACUGAUCUCGUCUCGUGUCGUGCCGUAUCGGUAGGGACGGUAGGUGGUGAUCUACUGUUCAGCAGCGAAUUUUGCGUGGGGAGAAGAAAAGAACGAGAGCUAAGAUUCGCCGUAAACGCUACGGCUAGUGAAAGCGACCGAGUGUCAGUGACAUGUGGCUAUGACGUUUUUAAAAUUCAUCCGAGCGGAAUACAUUACUGUCAUGUAGUACGAUGACGUAUAGACAUCAAGAUCAUACGAACUUAUUUUUUUCAAGCUGUUAUCAUGGGAUCUAGAUUAAGGGAAAAUGUUAAACAACUUUUUGAAUGCUUCUGUGAGAUAGCUGCACCAAUAGGGGAAAAGCCAGCUUGGAUACUUCAGAAAUAUCCCAAUUCCUUUUCAGAUGAAGAGAUACUGAAAUCUGUUCCUAAAUUUGCAUAUCCUUGCGAAUUUGAAAACUUGUUGGUACAGCACUUUUCAUUCGUGCUCACUAGUAUAGAUUCAAAAUGGACCUUUGGAUUCUGUCGACAUGAUCCCAAAACAGAAACAGCUUUAGUAGUCCUGAGUGCACUCCCGUGGCAUGAAACAUUUUACAAGCUAUUGAAUCACAUUGCAUCCUUGACCAGCAAUGCCAGUGGAGAAGAUCUCUGGAAGUUUCUUGAGAAUAUAUAUACUUGUGGGGUUCCAGUGCCUGGAAACUCCAUAUCUAUCCCUUUACCAAAUUCUACAGUGAAUUUUGUUUGUCAAAGCCCAAAACAGUUUCAACUACCUAGUAUCCCUGAAAAUAGGAAUUUGACUGAAUAUUAUAGUGCUGUAGAUUCGCACAAUAUGAUGAUGAUAUUCGCAUCUAUGUUAUACGAACGCCGUAUUAUUUUCAUUUCAAAACGUCUAUCGAGAUUGAGUGCAUGCGUGCAAGCAUGCAACGCUUUAAUUUAUCCAAUGAUUUGGCAACAUAUAUACAUCCCCGUUCUGCCAUUGUCAUUAAUAGAUUAUUUACUAGCACCUAUGCCAUUCCUAAUUGGAGUGCCUACUCUAACACUUCAGAAAAUACCCAAGAAUGAUUUAGGAGAAGUUGUUAUUUUAGAUGCUGAUAAUAAUACAAUCGAGUCACCGUUUCAAGAUCUAGAGUCUUUACCUCAAGACGUAGUAACAAAUUUGAAGAAAGCGUUACGCAAUAGACCAGCUCUUCUUGGAGAUGGUGUAUCAAGGGCAUUCCUGCGAGCAUUAGUGCAGUUAACCGCAGGUUACAGAGAAGCAUUAACUUUACAGCAGGGUGAACGCAUUACGUUUAAUCAAAAUGCAUUUGUUGAAAGUAGACCAUCUUCCAUGCAACCUUUUUUACGAAAAAUGUUGGAAUUACAAAUUUUCCAACAAUUCAUAGAAGAAAGGUUGAACAUGCUUAAUUCAGGACUUGGUUUCUCAGAUGAAUUCGAAAUGGAAGCUUGCAGUUAUUCAGCCAAAUCGAGUAGUAAAUUUAUGCAGCAAUAUAGGGAAUGGACUUACGCGAUGCGAAAAGAAAGCUCUGCAUUUUUCCGUAGUGUAAAAGAUAAGGCCAAUCCAGCAGUAAAAUAUGCAGUUAAAUCUGUGAAAGAUAAAGGCAAAGAUAUGAAAACAGCAUAUAAAGGAUUAAAAUGGAAAGGACGAUCCAAUAGAAGCGAAACCAGUAUGAGAUUUCAUCAGCCACGAUCGGCUCCUAAUUCACCUACAUUAGAUAGAAGACCUAUUGGAUUUACAUCUCCACCAAAAUCUCCAAAUGGUGUAUCGGCGGCAACUAGUUAUCGAAAAGACUUACGUUUGCGGAAUAGUAAUUUCACUGACACAAGUAGAAAACAAUACUCACCUUUAAGUCCUAGUUCUCCUGAAGAUUCAGACUCUCCAUUGGAGCAUAUAAAUAUAGAUCUUAUGCACGAACUUCGAGAUGUGAUAUUUCCAAAUACCCCGCCUGUGGAUAGGACGGUAAGUCUUUCAUAACUUAUAUAUACACUAUAUUUAUACAUUACUAUUUUGUGAUUUGCACAAAGAUUUGGACAAUAUUAUUAGUUACCGAAAACGAUUUAUCUACAUAAAUUGAGUAUUGUAUCUUUAUUCUUUUAUAAUUGCACAUAUUUUCACGCUUUCAAUUCUUGAUUGUAGCAAAGAAUAUUUAACAAUAUAAGCAAAUUUGAUCCAAUGCUAAUUUUUUCAUUAAUAAAUUAUCUGUUUGUCGUGCUUUAAGCAUAUAAAUCUUUGUUGCUUUUUGUGAAUCGUUUAUUUAUGUCUUUAACAAGCGAUGGAUCUUAUCAUUUAUGUCCAUUAUUAGGAGAAAAAAUAGUUGUAUACAGCAUGUUUUCAACAAUUAUGUGAAAUAUUAGAAUAUGCACAGUGUCCAAUUUGUAAGAAAAUAUUCUGCAUGUUUAUACCUACUUGAAUUAUUCUUGGUUACCUUAGUUUUUGUUAUCGGCAUCACUUUGUAAUGUUCUCAAUUUUUUAGCUAUUAUUAUAUAAGUCAUUUAAAUAUGUAUCUGACUUGAUAAUUACUUCAAACUAGCUUAAUAAUAUCUGUUAGUACAUUAAAGACAUUUUUUACAAAU